AUGGCUCUCCUCAGCGUUGGCAACCUCGCCCUCCUGGCGCUGGGCUACAUCGCCUGGUGCGCGCUGUACCAGAUCGUCUACUACCGCUUCUUCCACCCGCUCUCCAAGUUCCCCGGAUCUUUCUGGGCCAGCGUUACCAGGUUAUGGAUCGCCUACCACAACGUCAAGGGAGAUGAAUGUGCCGUUUUCCAGGAGCUACACAAGAAACAUGGUCCCAUUAUACGCAUCACUCCGACUAUGCUCCUCGUGAGCGACGCCACCAAACUCCCUGUCAUCUACAACCGCAACGCGAGCAAGUCGAAGCACUACAUUACAGGCAGCUUUGGCAAGGAUGAGUCUCUGUUCAACAUGCAGGACGCCGCCGUCCACGCGCGCUUCCGCAAGAUUGCCGCAGCCCCAUACAGCUUUUCUAACGUGAAGAAGAUGGAGCCGCUCAUUGACGAGCAGAUUCAGAGAUGGAUAGACAAGCUUGGCGCGCAGUUUGCGGGAACGGGCAAGGAGUUCGACUUUGCACCCUGGGCCGUCUACGUAGCCUACGACGUCAUCUCGUCCAUUGGUUUUGGCGCCCCCUUUGGCUUUAUCGAGAAGGGCGAGGACGUGGGCGGUCUCAUCCAGGGAUUCCACGACGGCUUGCCGGCUUUUGGUAUCAUGGCACGGCUUUACCCCUUCACCAACUGGGUCAAGAGCACGUUCCUCGGCAAGUACCUGGUGGCCAGUCCGGAGCAGGACUCUGGAAUCGGCAUCCUGAUGCGUUUCCGAGACCGCCUCAUCGAGCAGCGCUUCAAGGACAUUGAGGCUGGCACCACAAACGGGCGCGUCGAUCUCCUUCAGACAUUCAUCGAAGCCAGGGACGAGAACGGCAAGCCGCUCAGCCUCGACUACAUCAAAGCCGAGAUUCUCCUUGUGCUCCUCGCGGGCGCCGACACGACUGGCACCACUUUCCAGGCGCUGAUUCUGCACAUUCUCGGCAACCCGGCUGUCUACGACAAGCUGCUGGCCGAGAUUGACGCGGCGACCCGGGCCGGCAAGCUCGCGCCGUCUGGCGAGAUGCCCCAAUACGACCAGGUCAUGACGCACUGCCCGUACUACGUGGCCUGCGUUCGCGAGGCCAUGCGGCUCAACCCGGCCGCACCCAACAUCUUCCCGCGCCUGGCGCCCGCAGGGGGGCUGACGCUCGGAGACGGACCCGGCAUGCACGUGCCCGAGGGCACCGAGGUGACGUGCAACCCCUGGCUGGUACACCGGGAUCCCAACCUCUACGGCCCGGACGCCGACGUGUUCCGUCCAGAGCGCUGGCUGGAGGAUCCUGCUCGGGCGGCCGAGUACAACAAGUACAACAUGGCUUUUGGAUACGGCGCGCGCAUCUGCCUGGGCAAGGACAUCGCCCACAUGGAGCUGUUCAAGGCGCCGCUGCAGUUCUUCCGCUGCUUCCGACCGACCUUGACCAACAAGCAGCAGCCCGCAAAGUAUGUCGUCAAGGGCGGUGUGAGCUACUUUGAGAAUAUGCGCAUGACGAUGGAGAAGAGGGCGCCGGUUGUCUGA